CUUCCUCAGCUCCGAGGGUGCGGGUGUGUGGAGGUGUCGGCCAUAUGAUCCGAGCUCCAUCCAGGCGAUCAGUCGGUCCUGACGACGCGGAACGGCUCACGCAGCGCGUCUCGGAUUCAGCCGGAUUGUUUUUCCCUUUCCACAUUCGUCGUCGAAUGGAGGCGGGAAGGUGUUUCUAUAGAGACUAGCUGGCUUUCCGGGUCAGAGGCGGAUGUUUCCGAGGAGCGUUGACAGGCGGGAGCGACUGCUGACGAGCGGAGGAACGCAUCGUGUUGGUGGCGCCUUAUCAGCCUCGGGAUAUCGUACUGAUUGCACUAGACAGGCGAGCGCCCCUUUCCAGUGUUCUUUCUAGGACCUGCUGCUAAAGUUUAAGGAGCAUGGACCAGUUUCCAGAUCUGCAGGAAGACCCGAGUCUGGAGGACACCAAUGAAUCUCUUAAUCAGCUCAAGUUGGCAUCUCUAGAUGAUAAGAACUGGCCAGCAGAUGAAACACCCAUUUUCCCCAAAGAUGACUCCAAGAGCUCCCCUGAUUCUGCUACUCACCUGCGGUGGGAUGACCCAUACUAUGACAUCGCUAGGCAUCAGAUAGUGGAAGUAGCAGGACAGGGUGCGUUUGAUGGGGCCCGGCCAGGUGAUGACAAGUAUGGGCGGAAAGUGAUUGUGUUCAGUGCCUGCCGGAUGCCUCCCAGCCAUCAGCUUGAUCAUGUGAAGCUUCUGAGCUAUUUGAAAUACACUUUGGACCAGUAUGUGGAGAGUGACUACACCUUAGUAUACCUGCACCAUGGCCUGACCAGUGAGAACAAGCCAUCCCUGAGCUGGCUGCGGGACGCCUAUCGAGAGUUUGACCGCAAAUACAAAAAGAACAUUAAAGCACUGUACAUUGUGCACCCAACUAUGUUCAUCAAGACACUACUGAUUCUCUUCAAGCCCCUGAUAAGCUUUAAGUUUGGGCGGAAGAUUUUCUAUGCAAACUACUUGAGUGAUCUGGAGGAGCAUGUGAAGCUGGAGCAGCUGGGGAUCCCAAGCCAGGUGCUAAAGUAUGAUGAGUAUCUGAGAUCUUUUCAAAAACCCUCUCAAGUGCCUCCAAAGACAACCCCACCUCGCCCUCCCCUGCCAAACCAGCAAUUUGGAAUCUCUCUCCAGCAUUUGAAGGAGAAGAGCUCAGACAAGAACCCCAUCCCUCUGGUGGUCAGGGAGACUAUUGGGUAUCUACAGGAGCAUGCUCUUACCACAGAGGGGAUUUUCCGGAGAUCAGCAAACACUCAGACUGUCAGAGAAGUACAGCAAAAAUACAACAUGGGACUGCCUGUGGAUUUCUUGCAAUAUGAGGACGUGCACCUUCCAGCUGUUAUUCUCAAGACCUUCUUGCGGGAUCUUCCUGAGCCACUCCUGACCUUUGGUCUCUAUAGUGAUGUUGUCAAUUUCUACAAUGUGGAGGAAGGAACGCGUGUGGAUGUUGUUCGCAAAACACUUCAGACUCUUCCAGAAGAAAACUACCAAGUCCUGUGUUCACUGAUGACCUUUCUUGUUCAGGUCUCUGCUUACAGUGACUUCAACAAGAUGACCAAUGCUAACCUGGCAGUAGUUUUUGGCCCAAACCUGCUCUGGGCCAAAGAUGCAGCUAUAACCCUCAAAGCCAUCAAUCCUAUCAACACCUUCACCAAGUUUCUACUGGACAACCAGAAGGAACUUUUUGAAAACAUGGAGGCUUGACCCAGAACCUCUCUGUGCUAGCAAAACAUGUGUCCACUGUGACCACCUUCUUCUCUGUCCCUCCCCCUUUCCUAUUCUACCUUGUCUUGGAGUCAUGGCCAAAUCUGUGGAAGCUCCAGAUGAUAAGCAGGGUGAAAGAAGGCUGUGGAGAUGGUACAGUCAAGGAAAUAUAUGUGCUUGUGAGAGCUGAUCAAAUGGGGUGGGAAGCUGGCCUACCCAUCCUUGGGAGAGGAGCCCUGCUAUGUCUGUAUCGGGGAUGUCAGCAACCAGGAUGCUCUUAAAAGCUACGGUUUCCUUUGUCUUCCUUCCCUUUCUGUCAUGAGUCUCAGUGGAUUUCAGCAAAACCAUUUCUUCAGUGCUUGUAAAAUUGAUUUAAACUAAUUCAUGUACCUGCAGUAUACCUGUGAAGGAAGAAUCCAUAUCACUUUCUUUACUUUGCUCAGAGCUGGGUUCCCAAAUUGGGUCAGUCUUGCAGUUCUGAGCAUCCCCUUAUUUUUAAAGUUGUUCUCACUUUGCCAGAAGAACUGAAUCCUAGUCAUAGGGUGUACUUGGGCUAUGGCACCUUUCCAGGAAAGACUGCAUUGACCCAGUCACCUGACUCAUGCAGAAAGGAGUUUGUCCCUUUGAUGGAGCUGCAGCACUCACUGCAAGUGCUAUUAAGAAAUUUCCCUCAACCUUUGCCACAUUCCAACAUUGUAGAGUUCCUUUUUCUAUUUUGCCAUGCCCUUCCCGCCACCAAAGCUUCUCUCCAAACCCUUUCCAGUAAGCUUUUUUUCUUAAUUGGGUAUGUGUCUGGUUUUUCCGCCCAGUGAGCCGGGGGGGGGGGGGGUUGUCAUGCAGCUGCCUUGGCUCACCAAACUGCCAUAGCUCAGAUUAAAGACUGCCAUUCUUGUGAAGCACAGGCACCCUGUUUACUGACAGUCCCCCACUGGGAUCAUAUCUACUAGCAAAGGGCUGGUAAGUGAAGCCAAAUGUCAUUCAGGAACAUUCUUGCCCUGUAUGCUGGGCUCUCUUGUGCCAAAGUUGGGGGAAGAUGAGUUUUCUGAUUCAAGUAAAGUGGUCAGCCUUGCUUGAGUGGAUCUGAUGCACCCUUUGUUUCCAUGGCAUUUGGAGAAGAAGCAUUGCCGUGCCUUUCUCCAACCUUAAAGCAGUGGUGUCAUCCUCCUGUAUAGUGAGACGUUUGUUCGCAUAUGUGAGCUGUUCUUUCUUUAGAUCAGGAUGUUUAGCUAGUCUUCACUUGCCAUAGGCACAGAUGUUCUAAGCCAAAUUUGUUUUUAUAAAAUAGCCCUUUCCUAUUUGGGCCUGUAGUAGCUUCUGUUUUUUUUAAUCAAGACAGAAAAAGUACAAUGUUCAUAGAUUUUUACUUUCAGCUGUGUUAUGGAUAUUUUUUUCUGCAUCCAGCUCAUAAAUUUACCCUGUAAAUUAACAGAUUUGGAGCUCACAGGAUUGUGGAAAAAUGUAAAAUCACUGCAUAUAAACCUAGAACCGGUGUGUAUCUGUUCUGGAAUGGUUGAAGGAAGUAUUUUGUGACAAAUUACCAGUGAGCACUGUCAAGGGCACCAAGAUUGCAACAUCGAGGGCAUUAAGAUUACAGUAGCUCAACUAUUAGGUGCAGCUGUUGCUUUUACAGUAUUCAGAAUCAUUUUAAAAGGGAAUUUCAGUAAAGGUGAAUUUACCAGGAAUAACACAAUAAAGCUCUGAAACAGUCACAAGGGCUUUGACCAUCUUGCACAAAUUACAGGAUCAGGGGUUAUGAAGGGGACAGUUUUUAUAGGUGGUUAGUUUCAAGCUAGAAAGGUACAUUCUGCUCUUUGUACAGAUUCUGAUUUUCUGUUUAACUGAGAAAAGGAGCUUUUGCCAAGAAUGCCAAAUGAUGACAUGGGUUUGCCAACAGCAAGUAUUUCUUGCACAGAAUAGUUUAGUAUGGUUAAAUGGGGGGUGGUGGUGGCUUGUUUGGUGGAACUGUACUUAACACUGGACUUGUGGCUUUGCUUUCUAGUUCUUUGUUGGGCUGCCCGGCUCACAGUUUCUGCCUAAUCUGCCUUUUAUAGCAUAGUUUAGGAAAUCUAGACUUGGAUCUCUGGUCCUAUUUCAAGCUACAGGGCUGUUUGCUUUACUUCAUAGUUAACAGGGAAAAGGAAAGGUUGCUGGUUGUCAUAAAACCAUGCAGUCCAGGUACUUGAGGGCUAAGCAUUGCAGAUAUGGUCACUGAUGUGUUAACUCCUGGGAUGCAUGUCAAAGCUGGUGUAGCUUGAAAAAAGCCAUCAUGCAGGUAGGAAACAGUGUGUUUUGAGUAACAUUUCUGCACACUUUGCGUUCCUAAAGUAUAUUUUCUCCCCUCCUACUGUCAUAUUACAGACUUAUUACUGGGUGCUGCACAACAAAAGUGCAUUCACAAAACCUGGAAGUAAGCCUAUGUAAAUAGCUGUUCCUUUGCCUGCAGAACUGUAUUAGCUUGAAACACGUGCGUGAUACUGGUGGUUUCUUUGCCUAACCCGUUUCCCAUCUUUGCUGUUUCCACUGUGACCGUUCUGCAGUGCUGUGUGUAUGCACCUCUUGAAAUGCCAGUGAGUUCUAAAUAGCAUUUCCCUCCCUGUUUUGAAUACUUAGAAGUGUGCUUUCUGGGUCAGGGUGAUAGGCAUACAAGCAGGCUGCUGGAAUUCCUGGAGGAUCAGCACCUCAUGGGGCCAGUUGUACUUAUCCGCCCUUCUGUUAUUCUAACAGGCUGACAAUUAGGCAGCCAUGGCUACACAAAAGCUUCUCGUGAUACAUCUGCCUGGGCCUCCUUUGCUGCUUGGUUUUCAUAUUUGUUAUCGGCUACAGUGCUUCUGUCUCUAUCUUUUGCUUGACUGCCUUUGUGUUGUGGACUGACAUGAACACAUUCUGUGCCCGUGGUUCUUGCAGUUAGUCCCAUGUAUGUACUGGGGACAGAGUUCUUGAGUGAGGCCAGUUGGAUGCCUUAUGGUAACUGUCUCUUUGCUGGUCAGUAGAGGAACUGAUUGGCAAAUGGCCCCUGGUUGUGUGCCCUAGCACCGAAGCCUCAAUGUGCAGUUUACAGCUUUGCUUUCUGUUGAUGUUAUCCCCUGCAUUCUUCAUUUUCAUGAUUGAUGUUUAUUGGAUCCAGGGCUGGGGUUUUUACUAUGACAUUAAUUUACAACCAUGUUUAUUUCCUUCUAAAUUGUACUUAUCUUGUAUUUCACAGUUUGCACUUUUUUACUUCAAUAAAAAUCCAAAGCCAAUACCAGA